CCAGGAGUUGUUCCCCUUCCCUUUGUUGACUUUGAGCCUGCCCAUCUUUAAAUGGUCGAAAUCUCUGCUAUAGGGGAUUCUAAUGCUGCGGCGCCGGUCGAAAACGUUGCGGAGUUGCAGUUUGGGCCCGAGUUCGAAGACAUUCAUAUCCUCUCCAACGCUCAGGUUGCUGUUAUUCUGCAAGUGAGUGCCAACUCCGCCGUCAAUCGUGAUGAAGAGCUCAACGAAGUUUACCGAAAAACACAGAAAUACGUGAAUCGAUUCAACACAAUGACCAAUCCAGAAAAGGAACACCAAGAGCUCGUUGAUGAACUUGACAACCUGCAAGACGCCUUAUCUACGUUUCGCAAAGAGACAGACGAUGGCGACGAGCUCGAGCUGCACGGUGCUGAAGUCGCUGCACUCAUGAAUCUAGUGGCAACCGAUACCCUGGUUGAAGAAGCUGUGGCGUUGAUUCCGUCUUUGUCUCGAUUUCCCGAAGCUGCCAUCGAUGAGAUUUUGGACUUGAUCCGCAGCACAAUGAUCCGGAUUGUUUCGUAACGGGUAUAUUAAGCCACGG